AUUUUGUUUUUAUUAUUUUUCAAUGCCGAGUAGAACCUCAUCCAAACUCACUUCUCGUGGUUCUGGUGGUUCUCGUACUUCUCGUACUUCUCGGCGCGUUUUGUCCCUGAGUUCUUCAUCUUCUUCAUCUUCAGGAUCUAGCUCUCCACAACUAGUGUCAUCAAGCUACUACAAUCCCAAUCAUUAUGCAAAUGAUAACUAUAUAAGAGGUGGCAGCAGACACUAUCAGAGAUUGUUGACAAAGGUCGUCAUUUCAGAUUUUUUCCAUAAUUCUGAGAUUCCAACUUUUUUUGAAGUCGAUAACCAGAUUCUAUUAAACUCAAUUGACAAAUGCUAUAAAUGGAAAAGUUUCACUGAAAGAAUCAAUGGCUCAAUCAGUGAACUUGUCUCCCCAUAUUCAAAGAUCUCAAAGGAUGAUAUUUCCCUAGACAAAGCUAUCGAUGAGAAUAUCAACAGCAUUAAAAAUCACAUUGUUGUUAAAAAGGAAAACGGAUAUCGCAUUCCUAUCGAAAAGGAAAAGGAAAAGGAAAAGGAAAAAAUUGUCUUGAUUAAUAAAAAAAAUUUAAACUCUACUGAAAAUAGAACUGAAAAUUCCACCGAUAUUAAUAAUAAUGGUGAUAAUGAUAAUGAUGAUGAUAAUGACGAUGAUAAUAAUAAUAAUUAUAAUGAUGAUGACGAUUCUAUUUAUAAUCAAAAUCAUUACGGAAAUAUUUCAAAUGAAAAUAGCAUUAUUUGGGAUAGAAGUUCUGAUGACGAUAAUUCUCAUCUAUCUGAUAAUUAUAAUAUUAAAAAUAAUAAGUAUCAUUUUGAACUUGAAAUGGAUUAUGAUAAUGUUUAUAAUUGCAAUUAUGAUAAGCAAUUCGAAAAUAAGUUUGGUUUUCAUUCUGAAAAUUUAAAUAAUCAAAAAACUGAUAAAAUAGAUAAUCAAAAAAUUAAUCAAAAAAUUAAUCAAAAAAAUUGUGAAAUAAGUGAUAUUAAUGUUAGUGAUAGUGAUAGUGAUAAUGAUAGUGAUAAUGAUAAUGAUAAUGAUAAUGAUAAUGAUAAUGAUAAUGAUAAUGAUAAUGAUAAUAGUACUAAUUCCAAUAACGGUACUACUACCACUGACAGCACCACUAAAAAUAACAUUAUUAAUAAUGACCUGUUUGAUCUCAUCAAAUAUCAAAAAAUAUUUCCCAAAAAUAAAAAAUUAUACGUUAUGGAAGGUCUAUACUCAGAAAACCCUCAUUUAAAUGAUUUCAAUUACACACAAAAUUCACUUUUCAAAUUUCCCUUGCCUCAAAAUUUCAAUUUCAAUUCUCGCAUAGAUUUCAAAUUACCUUACAGUAUCUACUGUCCAAUACCUAAACAUAAUAAGCUAAACAAUGAAAUACUCAAAAGAUUUAACUUGACUGAAAAUAAUUGGCUAGUGGAAAACAAUUUCAAAAAUAUUAAUCUAUAUAAUUGCAACUACACUAAUCAAAACAAAAACAAAAACAAAAACAAAAACAAAAACAAAAACAAAAACAAAAAUAAAUGUUUGUGCAUAAAAUCUUGUAAUAACUGUUUAAAUUUAAUCUUUCAUAUCCAAUGUGAUGAAUAUAUUUGUAACUUAAAUGCUCAAAACUGCGGCAACACACCUUUUAAAGAUUUAAUCCAAAAUCGAAAUUCAAAAAGCACUUAUUAUAAAGUGGGUUACCAACUUUUUCGAAAAGUUUUCACUACUCACUCUCAAAGAUUUCACAAAAACAAAAACAAUAUUAAUGAUUUGGGACUAAGAGCAAUAAGAGAUUACAAACCAUAUUCUUUAAUCCUUGAAUAUAGUGGUGAUAUUAUAAAAAAGGAUUCAAUACCAAAAAAUUCCGAAAUUUAUAAAAAAACUCAAGCUUUAAAUCAAAUUCGAUCUGAAGGCAAUUUCAAAUCUCUCUUUUAUAAUGAUGACCCGAACUUCUUUUUCAUGGCUCUUGAAGACGAUUACGUUAUUGAUUGCACAUUUCACGGCUCUUUAGCUAGAUUUGUCAAUCAUUCUUGCGAGCCAAAUGCUGUUGUUCAAUUUUGGUACGUUGAUGGAAUUCCUAGAGCCGGACUAUUUUCAAAUUCUAAAGGUAUAAAUGCAGGAACAGAAAUUACUUUUGAUUAUUCUUGUAAUAACUUAAAAUUAACUUGUAGCACUAAAUGUUUAUGCAAUUCAAAAAAUUGUUUAGGUUAUAUUGGUGUCAACAAAAAUUUCAAUAAAAUUAGCACUGCUGAAUUUAAGAGUUAUAAAAGUUUAUUGAAUUUUAAUUUAUUUCGAGAAACACCCAAAAACGAACAUUUUUCAACUUUAAUCACAUCUUCAAAUAACUCAAACCCUAUUAAAGAUAAUUUAGCUCUUAAAAAAACUAAAAAAAUAAACAAUGUCGUCCCCCAAACUAAGAAUAAACCUGUUGAAAAAAUUAAUAUUCAAACUGUUUAUAGAUCAAAUUUAAAAACUAAUUUACAACUGCAUUCAAAAAUUGUUCCGAAAUUAAAAAAAGUAAAUUUAAACACAAAUCAAAUUUCAAAUUCAACUGCUAAAUCAAAUUCAGGUACUAAAUUAAAUUCAAAUACUAAAUCAGAUGAAUUGCUUGAACCACUUUCAGGUUUAAGUGUAUAUUUGCCUACAAGUCGGAGAACCAGAAGUUCAGCUAAAAAAUCUAAUGUCGAUGUAGUUGCAGCUGUAAUUGAAAAUUGUCAAAGCUAUAUUUCCACCAGGUAUUUGAGAAAUUUAGCUAUUGACAUGACGCCACCUGGAACAUUUGAUGAUGGUGCUAAAGCUCUUGUUCGUCUAAACAAAGCUGCUUUACUGACACUACCACGUUACAACAAUAGAGAUGGAAAUCUUCUCAAUGAUUUGGUUUCGGAUAAAGUACUUGAAAAUAAAAGAGCUAAAGUGCAAAAUAGUGUCACAAAACUUGAUGAAAAUUUGGCUUUUGGCAAUAAAUUUCAAAAGGACCAAAUAACAUCAAGUCUCACUGAAGAGUCCAUAAACAAAAAAAUAAAUUUAAUAAAUAAAAAUAAAAAUGAGUGCAUGAAUGAAAGCAAAAAUUCAAGUAUUAAGACAGAGAUACAAAUGUUGGAUGAAAUUUUAGAUUCUGAUCAUGAAGAAAUUCUUGAAAAUCAUGAAGAAAACGAAAUCCAGGUUUUUGAAAACAUACAAUUCACUGAUGAACAAACCUCUGGAACAAAUGAUAUUAAUAUUAUUGAAUAUGGUGAGAAUAAUAAGAAUAAUGAAAACAAUGAGAAUAAUGAAAACAAUAAGAAUAAUAAAAAUGAGAAUAAUAAAAAAAAUGAAAUUCUUUUCAAGAUAAACAAUAAAGACAAUAACACUUAUAAAGAUAAUAAUUAUAUAAAAACAAAAGUCUAUAACCAUUCAAAAUAUCAGAAGGAUAAAGACAUUGAAAUUUUAUCGAAUGACACUAAGCAAGUACCAAAGAGAGAAUUGCGAUCUCCACAAACAAGAUCAUCAACUAGAUGGCUUUUCAAUAAAUGUUUCAAUGAUAUUGAGGAAUUCAAUCAUGGGAAAAGCUUGAAAGAGAAAAACAAAAAAGUAAAUAAAAAUAAUGCGAUAAAAAAAAGUAAAAAAAUUAUUGAAAAAAUCGUCAAUCCUCUUAAAGUGGAUGUAACACUGAUCACCAAAUAUAAAAAAAACCCUACUUUUGAUUAUUCUCAAACUGAUGCAUCUAGUGUUUUAAGCAGUGCCUCAAGUCCAAAGGGUGUUAGAAAAAGGACUUUUGUAGAUAUGGUGAGACUGGAACAUUACAAUAAUCAAAAUAAAAAUCAAACAGAGAAUAAUAAUCACUACUAUGAUAAUGAUAAUAUAGACUAUGAGAACAAUAAUAUUUAUGGUGAAGGUGAUAUUCAUAACGAUAGCCACUACAACUACAAUAACAAAUAUGAUAGCCAUUACAAUAAUAAUCCGAAUGAGAAAGAUAAUAACUAUGAUGAAAAUUAUGAUGGAAAUUAUAAUGAUAAUUAUGAUGACAAUUAUAAUAAUAAUAAUAAUAACUAUGAAGGGUAUGGUAAAGAUCAUUACUACAAAGAAAAUGCUAAAAAUCACUCUGAAGAUUCUCGCGGCAAUCCCUAUGUUGAUGAAGAAAUCAUUAGUAAUAUGGAGUAUGUUAACCCAUAUGCGGCAGUCCAUGACAGUUAUGUGAAGGACCACUAUGUUUAUUUGUUUGAAGAAGAUGCUGGAAAAAAUGCUGACCGCACAAACACCCAAUAUGAAAGAAAUAAAUACAGCAGAGAUGAGUAUAGCAAAAAUAAGCCUAAUGAAAAUAGCUAUAAAGAUAAAUUCAAUUUUCAUUUGGAAAAAAAAGAAAAAUACAAUCGAAACCACAAAAUCAACUAUAAUACUAACCCUUCCAAUAAAGGAGAUGUUUAUAGUUAUUAUGAUAAGAGCAACGCCCCUAAAACACAAUUUAAUGACGAAAAGUUUGAUAAAAACGCAAUGCUAAACGGUAAAAGAUAUGCUUCUUACAAAGGAGAUGGAUACUAUCCUAACAAAAACGAUAAUAGUUUGAACCUAAAUAUAAAUGGGAAACCUUAUAAUAAAGCUCAAAAUUCAAGAUAUGUAAAAGGGCAUACCUCAAACCCUCAAAGAGGGUACAACACAAAACCAAUAUAUUCAGAACAACUGAAGCGCUUGAAACCACACUCUUCUCAUUCUUCUAAUAAUUAUGUUCAGCAUAAUGGAUAUGGUAAUUGUAAUAGUUAUAGUAGAGAUUAUAAGAAUAAGGCUGGUAAAAAUGAUUUUCGCAAUAAGUAUUCCAAUUAUUAUAGCCAAUAUUCCAAUGAUAAUUAUGAUAAGCAUGAAAAUCAUGGAGUUGAUGGCAAGCGUGAAAAACAUGAGGGUUCUCAAUUCAUAGAAACUCAUUCUUUAUCAUCAACAAAUAAUAUCAAAAAUCGAAUGAAGCAAUUGUUUGGUUCCAAAUCAAAAAAAUAAGGUUUGAAUUUCUUUUGUUGAUUUUAUGAUGUUACUGGAGGUUGUUGGAUGUCUUUUU